CAAUGCCUUUCCACGAAAAUAUCCUCUAGGAGAGCCAUAAUGGCGCACUUUCCGUUGCAGUGUGUAAACGGACUUCCUUAAUCCUGGCAAGUCAGCUGAUCUAUGUCGUGACAGUUUUUUCCCUCGAUCUACUGCUUGGUAGGGUAUUCCACGGAUUGGCGUUCGGUUCAUGCUAGUACAGUUUGGUAAUACACAAGAUGGAUUUUUCCAAGCUGCCUAAGAUCCGAGAUGAGGAACGUGAGAGUCAGUUUGGAUAUGUUCAUGGAGUCUCAGGCCCCGUGGUGACGGCCACCAGCAUGGCAGGUGCAGCUAUGUAUGAACUGGUUCGUGUCGGCCACAGUGAGCUGGUGGGAGAGAUUAUCCGAUUGGAAGGAGAUAUGGCAACCAUCCAGGUGUACGAGGAGACUUCUGGAGUUUGUGUGGGAGAUCCAGUGCUCCGCACAGGAAAGCCCCUCUCUGUAGAGCUGGGGCCUGGAAUUAUGGGCUCUAUCUUUGAUGGUAUUCAGCGCCCCCUCAAAGACAUCAAUGACCUCACGCAGAGCAUCUACAUCCCCAGAGGUGUUAAUAUAGGAGCACUCAACCGGGACCUUAAAUGGGACUUCACACCUAUUAAUAACUUGAGGGUUGGAAGCCAUGUUACAGGAGGUGAUAUCUAUGGACUGGUGAAUGAGAACUCUCUUAUCAAACACAAGCUCAUGCUACCACCCCGCAGCAGAGGAACAGUCACAUAUGUUGCUCCGCCAGGAAAUUAUGAUGUCUCUGAUGUGGUGCUGGAGCUGGAGUUUGAAGGAGUGAAGGAGAAGUUCACCAUGGUGCAGGUGUGGCCUGUGCGACAAGUGAGGCCUGUUACUGAGAAGCUCCCUGCCAACCACCCCCUACUGACUGGACAAAGAGUACUGGACGCCCUCUUUCCGUGUGUCCAAGGAGGGACCACUGCCAUUCCAGGAGCCUUCGGUUGUGGUAAGACUGUGAUCUCUCAGUCUCUCUCCAAGUACUCCAACAGCGAUGUCAUCAUUUAUGUGGGUUGCGGAGAGCGUGGAAAUGAGAUGUCUGAAGUAUUAAGAGACUUUCCAGAGCUUACCAUGGAGGUGGACGGGAAGGUGGAGAGCAUUAUGAAGAGAACAGCACUGGUGGCCAACACCUCAAACAUGCCUGUGGCUGCCAGAGAAGCCUCCAUCUAUACUGGUAUCACGUUGUCUGAGUACUUUAGAGACAUGGGCUAUAAUGUCAGUAUGAUGGCUGACUCCACUUCUCGUUGGGCUGAGGCUCUUAGGGAGAUCUCAGGACGUCUGGCUGAGAUGCCUGCUGACAGUGGAUAUCCUGCAUAUCUUGGAGCCCGUCUGGCGUCGUUCUAUGAGAGAGCAGGUCGAGUGAAGUGUCUGGGUAACCCAGAGAGGGAGGGCAGCGUCAGCAUUGUGGGAGCUGUGUCUCCCCCUGGUGGUGACUUUUCAGAUCCUGUGACUUCUGCCACUCUUGGUAUUGUGCAGGUGUUCUGGGGUUUAGAUAAGAAGCUCGCCCAGAGGAAACAUUUCCCCUCAGUUAACUGGCUUAUCAGUUACAGUAAAUAUACACGAGCGCUGGAUGAGUACUACGACAAACACUUCCCAGAGUUUGUGCCGCUGCGCACCAAAGCCAAAGAGAUUCUGCAGGAGGAGGAGGAUCUGGCUGAGAUUGUGCAGCUGGUUGGAAAGGCAUCUCUGGCUGAGACAGAUAAAAUCACCCUGGAGGUGGCCAAACUCAUUAAAGAUGACUUCCUGCAGCAGAACGGUUAUACUCCCUAUGACAGGUUCUGUCCCUUCUACAAGACAGUGGGCGUCCUGUCUAAUAUGAUAGCUUUUUAUGAUCUGGCCCGGCAUGCUGUCGAGACCACAGCUCAGAGCGAUAACAAGAUCACCUGGGCACAGAUCCGUGAACACAUGGGAGAAAUUCUGUAUCGGAUCAGCUCCAUGAAGUUUAAGGAUCCAGUGAAAGAGGGUGAAGCAAAGAUCAAAGCUGACUACGCUCAACUGCUGGAGGACAUGCAGAAUUCCUUCCGCACUCUGGAAGACUAAAAGCACUGUCUGACCUCACUUCCCCUCUCUCUCUCCUCCCCUGUGCUGUGCAGUGCAUUUCCCAGUGCUCCCUUGUGCAUGUGUUCCUUAUACACACACUGAUCUGAACCAGACGAAUGAAAGCCAGAGCCGGUAGGCAUCGCUAAUCUGAACACGGUCUUUAACAAGCGUCAAGAGUGUGUGUUCUCACUCUAUAGCUGCAACUGUUACUGUGUGUUUGAGCUGUAAGAUUGUAUUUUAGCAUCUGCGAUCUCUCUCUGUGCUGAGACUCGAGCACAAAAAACACAAAACAUUCAUCUCUUUUUCUCACCACCUGCUUUCCCAUGAGUCCUCGUUGCAUGUGUUAGGAGUGCAGGGGAGCACAGUGUUUAUUUCCAUCUUCUUUUUUCUCUCUCUUUCUCUCUGUGACCAAUGAAAGAUGUGUUAUAUGAUAAUGGGAACAACGGAAGUCAGUAAGGGAUCAUUGAGACUUCCUUUAUUUAUUCGAGUCUUGUUUUGUCUCAUUGAUGUGAUUUCUGUUGUGUGUGU